UCCGCAUCAGGCUUUGAGGAUUAGCAGCUAAGCGUGGCUAUUUAUUUUACGAUUCAUUUAAUUAACAAAUAACUAUCAUGCAUAUAAUUACUGUUGUCACCUUUUAAUUGUAAUUUCGUCGUGCUUCGUUCGUUAGCUGUGACGCCGUCAUUGUGAAGAUGGAGGGAAGUAACAAUGGCAGCAUAUCGCCAGCGCGCGUGAAGGCGGAGCCCGAGAGUGCAGAUACGGACCAGUCGGGACGAGUCCUUGUUAAGGAGGAAGCUGAAUUCCCAGACGAGGAGUGUGUGAAGGAGGAGUGUGAGGACAGCAGAGAGUGCGGCGUGAGCGAGGCAGCCAUGCUGGCCGGCCUGUACGACGACCAUCAGGUGAAGGACGAGCUCGUGCUGGGGCCGGAGCGCCCGCAUCGACCCAUAGUCGCCAUGGAGCUGAGAGGUGUGUGGACUUUUAACAUGUAUAUGUACAGUCACCUGCAAUAAUAUGUUACUCUUCGAAGGCUGCAAAAAUAUGUGACACACUCUUAUAUAUAUGUGUAAUAAUUCUUUUUAUUAUGUAAUUUUUUUGACUUAGUAUUUAUUUUUUAUUUACAUCAAUUACUAUGAUUUGUACUUUCUAGUACUGAAACUGAUAAAAUUUCUCUU